CCCCGGUUGCUUAUUUUCAAGAGAAGGAAGGGAGGGGGUUUGAUAAAUCUCCGUUGCCGCUCCCAUGGCAUACUUACUCACCGUCACCUCGCUCUCGCCCUUCUGCUACCGCCUACACCAAUUGCUGGGAACUCAUUCAAGAAGAUCAACUCGUACAAGCCUUGUAAAUCCCGUAACCAACAGAACAGGUAAACGGCCUAUGUUGCGCAACUAUAGUGGCGGAGGGAUGAUUUCUUCGAAUAAAAGCUGCGAUUUGAGUAUUUACGCUCCCGCAAAACAAGGUCUUGAGUGUAUUGUAUUUUGUCGUAGUGACCAAGUACUAAUUUCAGGAUUUUGGAUAGGGCCAGAUAUAGAAGAUGGAUGGGGUUUUGUAGAAGCAUCUUUAUGUCGAAUAUAUUGAUCCUCGUAAUUUUUUUUUUUCACCUAUUCGAUUAUUUUAACCGUGGUAUAGUGCAAUUAUAAAUGGUGCAUGAGGCACUUUCAACUGAAGUAAAUGUGACGUACUUUCAACAUAAGUAAUGGCUUAUUGUUUUGCUGCUAA